AUGAACAGAGGAAGCGGGAAGGCGGUGGAGCGGAGGCUCCUCCACCUUCUGCACGGCCGGAAAACCCGAACCCACCUCACUGAAAUCCAUGCUCACUUCCUCCGCCACCAUCUCCACCACUCCAACCAGCUCCUCUCCCAUUUCGUCUCCGUCUGCGGCUCCCUCUAUAAAAUGCCUUAUGCCAACCUUGUCUUUCAACAAUUUCAAUACCCCAAUAUCCUCCUCUUUAACUCCAUGAUAAAGGGCUACUCCUUAUGCGGGCCUUACGAAAAAUCCCUUCAUAUAUUUACGGCCAUGAAAAGCCGCGGCAUUAUGCCCGAUGAGUUUACGUUUGCGCCUUUACUUAAGGCGUGUACGAAUCUUGGUGACCCUGAAUUGGGUGAAGCGGUUCAUAAAGAGGUGCUUGUUCUUGGGUUUGAGAGAUUUGGGUCUAUUAGGAUAGGAAUUGUGGAGCUAUACUCGAGUUGUGAGAGGAUGGAUGAUGCAAGGAAGGUGUUUCAUGAAAUGUCUCAUUCAGAUGUGGUUGUUUGGAACUUGAUGAUUCGUGGGUAUUGUAAGAUUGGAAAUGUUAAAAUGGGAUUUCAGCUGUUCAGGCAAAUGGAUGAGAGGAGUGUUGUCUCUUGGAAUACAAUAAUUUCGUGUUUGGCGCAGAUUGGGAGGGAUAAGGAUGCUUUGGAGCUUUUUCAUGAAAUGCGGGAUGGUGGGUUUGAGCCGGAUGAGGCGACUGUGGUUACUAUGUUGCCGGUUUGUGGCCGAUUGAGGGAAGUUGAGGUUGGUAAGUGGAUUCACUCUUUUGUCGAGUCAAAUGGUCUCUUUCAAGAUUUUGUAACAGCCGGUAACGCACUAGUUGACUUCUAUUGCAAGUGCGGGGACCUAAAUACUGCUUUUCUGGUAUUUAGGAAGAUGGCCAGAAAGAAUGUGGUUUCUUGGAAUGCAAUGAUUUCAGGUGUGGCUUUCAAUGGCAAGGGGGAACUUGGGGUUGAAUUGUUUGAUGAGAUGACAGAUGAAGGUGUGAGCCCGAACGAUUCAACUUUUGUGGGAGUUUUAGCAUGUUGUGUCCAUGCGGGAUUGUUGCAAAGGGGUAGGGACUUGUUUAGCUUGAUGUUUGGAAAGCAUAGUAUAAAUCCAAAGCUUGAGCAUUUUGGAUGCAUGGUCGAUCUUCUUGGACGUAGGGGUUGCUUAAAAGAGGCUUUUGAUCUAAUAGAGACAAUGCCAAUGAAGCCAAAUGCCCGAUUAUGGGGUGCACUGCUUAGUUCUUGCAGAACUCAUGGUGAUAUGGAACUUCCAGAAAGAGCUGUUAAGGAGCUUAUUAAUCUGGAACCUUGGAAUUCUGGAAACUAUGUGCUGUUGUCAAAUAUAUAUGCAGAAAGGGGGGACUGGGAUGAAGUUGAGAAGCUGAGAGUGUUAAUGAGAGAAAACAGUGUGAUUAAGGUGCCAGGACAGAGCAUGUUUGGGUAAUUCGCUGGUGCAAUUGACGAACUCUUUUGUGAACAUCUGAUCUGUUAGUUAUGGCAGAUGGAGAGAUGCAUAGGCAGCACAGCCAGUUGGCGCAAGGUAUGAGAUGAAUUGAAGAUCAGGCGUGAGAGAUUGGCCCUCAAUGCAUGUGAGUCCGACCCAUUUGACUCGCAACUGCUGGGAGCAAAAUGUUUGAAAAGCAAAGAUUGAACAGAAGAGCAAUUGCAUUGGAAGCCAAUAUUGCUUGACUGACCGAGUAAUUCCACAAAAUUUUCAACAGAAGAAAAUAAUCAAGUAAAAUAGCAGAAUGGACAAAACUGGAAAAUAGUUUGAAUGUUGGAUAUGCAAAGAUGGGAGCAGAUAUCAUGUAGCAAAUUUGAUGAAAAAAAAUGUCCUUUGUCGUCGGCCUUCUUUUCGCUAACUUUUCAUUUUUUGACCAAAAUUUUCAAACCAUAUAACUUUUCUGGU